UAAGUAAUUAUUUUACCAAGUGUUAGUUGACACGAUAAUUUAAAAUGGCACCAAAGAAAGGCAAAGGGAAGAAAGGUCCCCCUGAGUCAGGAUGGAUGCCUGGCUUUGGGACCAAAGGCACAAUGACCACAUACUUCCAGUACCCGACCCCUGAGCUGCAGGAGGAGCUCCGCAAGAUCGCCCAGGCUAUCGUAGCCCCCGGCAAAGGCAUCCUCGCUGCUGAUGAGUCCACCGGUACCAUGGGCAAGCGUCUGCAGGACAUCGGUGUGGAAAACACCGAGGAGAACCGCCGCAAGUACCGCCAGCUGCUCUUCAGCACUGAUCCUGCCAUCUCCGAGAACAUCUCUGGCGUGAUCCUGUUCCACGAGACUCUCUACCAGAAGGCUGACGACGGCACCCCCCUGGUCGGUCUGCUGGAGAAGCGCGGCAUCAUUCCCGGCAUCAAGGUCGACAAGGGUGUCGUCCCGCUGUUCGGGUCUGAGGACGAGUGCACCACCCAGGGUCUCGAUGACUUGGCUCAGCGUUGCGCCCAGUACAAGAAGGAUGGCUGCCACUUUGCCAAGUGGCGUUGCGUUCUGAAGAUCGGCCGCAACACUCCUUCCUACCAGGCUAUCCAAGAGAACGCUACUGUUCUGGCCCGCUAUGCGUCUAUCUGCCAGAGCCAACGCAUCGUACCCAUUGUGGAGCCGGAGGUGUUGCCCGAUGGUGAGCACGACUUGGACCGCGCGCAGAAGGUGACCGAAACCGUGCUGGCUGCCGUCUACAAGGCUUUGAAUGACCACCACGUCUACCUUGAGGGAACCCUCCUCAAGCCUAACAUGGUGACCGCCGGCCAGGCCUGCAAGAAGGCGUACACCGCCACCGACAUCGGCCGCGCUACCGUCACCGCUCUACUGCGCACCGUGCCCGCUGCCGUUCCCGGCGUCACAUUCCUAUCUGGCGGCCAGUCCGAGGAAGAGGCCUCCGUGAACCUGAACGCCAUCAACACCGUUGAACUGAAGCGGCCCUGGGCCCUCACCUUCAGCUACGGACGCGCUCUGCAGGCUUCCGUGCUCCGCGCCUGGGGAGGCAAGCAGGAGAAUGUGCUGGCUGGACAGCAGGAGCUGCUGAGCCGUGCUAAGGCUAACGGCUUGGCCGCCACCGGAAAGUAUUUGGCCGGAUCUAUCCCGUCACUGGCUGGAAGCAAAUCUAACUUCGCCAAUGGACAGGCGUCUCAGGGCAAAUACGUGGCUGGAUCAGUUACAGGUGCGAGCGGCGAUUCCGGACUUUUCGUCGCCAACCAUGCCUAUUAAAAAAAAAAAAAAAACUUUAAAAAAACAAUUGGAACCGGCCUAAAAAACCGGUUAGGUAUUCAACGAUAUCUGAAUCCUUAUUCCAAAGGCCAUAGAGCACAUGACAUUUUACCGCCAUUUUCAAAAUGGCCGGCUUGGCGCGAAAAGUCAUUAUAAGCGUAAACUUAGUUUAAGGUUACUCGAAUAAUUUAACCUGUUUCAUAAAGAUGUUGUCCUUUUGGGAAUAAGCUGUAGUCAUGUAUUAUCAAUUUGAGAUUAGUGUAGAUUUACCGUAUUAUUGGAAAAGCUUCAUAUAUGUAGCUAAGUAAUAUAUCUCACGUUGUUAUGGGUAUAAAAUUUUAGAAAAAAUUAUGUUGAGAUUGUAUAGAAAAUUUGGUAUAACCAUCGAUUUAUUUAUAUACAGUGAAAUCACUAUAAAUGUUACAGUUGUAUUUAUUUAUGGAUUUAUACGUAUUUUAAUUUUGAUAAAAUCAAUUUUAGGUUGUAACGUAUUUUGAUAAUUUAAGAGUAAUAUAUUCUUGAUCAAU